UUCCCGAGUUCUCGACUGUUCACUUCGGUCACUGCCAGGGAUGUGACUGAAGCACCCUUGGCCUUUUCACACAAUGGCAGAGACUCAGGCUUAUUAUGUGCAGUUUUGGACUCAGGUUCUUCAGUAUUUCGUGGGGCUAUAUCACCGCCUCCAGAAAUGCUGGGCUGCCCUUAAGGGCUUCUGCACUAGGAAGGAGGAAGAAUACAUCCCUCCAGCUGAGAGUAUUUUUCAUAAAGAAAAAAUAAUGAUGCUUGGCAAUAUUUUGACAGAUAAUUCUCUAGCCCUUGAACAGAGAGCUCAAGCUGCCUAUAGAAUCGGACUGUUGGCCUUUACAGGAGGACCCACUGCUGGAAAUUUUGCAGCUGAGUACAUGAAAGAAGUAGCUCACUUGUUGCAAGAUUACGAGAUGGUACCCAAAAUAAAGAUCCUGCUGCUCCAGAGUGUCGCAUCUUGGUGUUACUUAAACCCUGUCAGCCAGAAAAGAGCCAAACAUUUGCAGUUUAUUCCUAUUCUCGUCGAUCUUUUUGAUGACAAACUUGAGUCUACUAUGAAAAGUGAAACAAACAGCAGCCUCCUGGUUAAAUUUUGGGGUUGCUAUGUUCUCUCUGUCAUGACAUGCAAUAACUUGCCUUGUAUGCAGGAGCUUAAACACUGCAGUUCUCUGAAAUAUCACUUGGAAAUAUUGGCCAGUGAGAAUUGGUCUGGAUGGCCCGAGAAUUUUGCAGAGGUGCUAUAUUUCCUCAUUGGUUUUCACAGGCAUUAA